GUGACCCGGGGCCCGGCCAUGGCUCCGCUCCGGGCCGCGACGCCCCGCAGCCGGGACGGGGGACCCGCGCCCCCCGCCUAGGGCCCCCCCCCGCGCCCCUCCGCGCCCCCUCCCCCAGCAUGGGGGAGAAGGCGGGCACCAGGGUGUUCAAGAAGUCCAGCCCCAACUGCAAGCUCACGGUCUACCUGGGCAAGAGGGAUUUCGUGGAUCAUCUGGACCGGGUGGACCCUGUGGACGGGGUGGUGCUGGUGGACCCCGAAUACCUGAAGGACCGCAAAGUGUUCGUGACGCUGACCUGCGCCUUCCGCUACGGCCGCGAGGACCUGGACGUGCUCGGUCUGUCCUUCCGCAAGGACCUUUUCGCCGCCACCUGCCAGGCCGUGCCCCCCCUGCCCGAGGAGCGCCGGCCCCCCACGCGCCUCCAGGAGCGCCUGCUCCGCAAGCUGGGCGCCCACGCCUACCCCUUCGCCUUCACGAUCCCCCAAAACCUGCCCUGCUCCGUGACGCUGCAGCCCGGCCCCGAGGACACCGGCAAGGCCUGCGGCGUCGACUUCGAGAUCCGGGCGUUCUGCGCUAAAUCCCUGGAGGAAAAAAUCCACAAAAGGAACUCGGUGCGCCUGGUGAUCCGGAAGGUGCAGUACGCGCCGGAGCAGCCCGGCCCCCAGCCCACCGCCGAGACCACCCGGCACUUCCUCAUGUCCGAGCGCUCCCUGCACCUCGAGGCCUCGCUGGACAAGGAGCUCUACUACCACGGGGAGCCGCUGAGCGUCAACGUCCACGUCACCAACAACUCCAGCAAGAGCAUCAAACGGGUCAAGGUCUCCGUGCGGCAGUUCGCCGACAUCUGCCUCUUCAGCACGGCCCAGUACAAGUGUCCCGUGGCCCAGAUAGAGCAGGACGACCAGGUGGCCCCCAGUGCCACCUUCUGCAAGGUGUACACCCUGACGCCGCUGCUGAGCAACAACCGCGAGAAGCGGGGGCUGGCGCUCGACGGCAAGCUCAAGCACGAGGACACCAACCUGGCCUCCAGCACCAUCGUCAAGGAGGGGGCGAACAAGGAGGUGCUGGGCAUCCUCGUGUCCUACCGCGUCAAGGUGAAGCUGGUGGUGGCCCGUGGCGGGGACGUCUCGGUGGAGCUGCCCUUCGUCCUCAUGCACCCGAAGCCCCCCGAGCCCUUCGCCCCGCCGCGGCCGCAGUCAGCCCUCCCCGAGACGGACGCGCCUGUCGACACCAACCUCAUCGAGUUCGAGACCAACUAUGGGCCGGACGACGACAUCGUCUUCGAGGACUUCGCCCGGCUCCGGCUCAAGGGGCUCAAGGACGAGAAGGACGACGAGGACCAGUUCUGCUAGGGGGGGGCCCUCGCCCCCCCCAGACCCCUCCCCGGUCCGUGGGGACCCCCCAUUUUCCCAGGGACCCCCCCUUCAACCCCCCCAAAAUCCCUCCGUUUCUUUAACCCGUCCCCGUCUGACUGCUGUAAGGGGGGGCCGUCCCCUCCCCUCCCCAAUUUGGGGGGGCGUCCGUCCCUUCCCCCCACGCGUGGUGGGGGGCAUUUUAGGGUCACCCUGGCCACCCCCGCUGGGGGGGGGGCCCAUUCCCCCCACCCCAAAGCACUGGACUCGACUGGGCAUUACCCCCCCCCCCCGUGUCCCCCUCUCAGCGUCCAUCCGUCCGUCCCUUGCUGCCCCCCGCACUGUUUAUAUGUAUAUUAAUUUUAAAGCCGUUUUGGGGGUUCCCCCCCGACACGUGUAGGACCCCCCCCCGGGCCCUGUCGCCCUCCCCGGGGCUGUGUGUGACAUGGGGGGGGGGGGGCAGGGUCCCCCCUUUGGGGACACGCGGGGGGGGGGUGACUGGGGUGAAUAAAGACUUUGACUCGU